CGCCAUCUAAUGGCUUCUCUGAGUUCUCCCUUACAACAGUCACUCACUUUCUUCAAUCGCCGGAGGCGAAGAGAGCCAAGCAAGAUACUUUCUCCUCUUGCCAUCUCCAAGCCCAAAGCUUCUUCCUCUUCCGUCAAUGCCCAUCACUUCCUCCGUCAGAUUUCCACUCUCUCUGAAUCCGGAAAUCUCCAUGAACCCUUUCUGCUUCUCGAAGAACAAGCUCGAAGCGAGUCGACCAAUGCACUACUCGUCCGCGAAGCUGUGGGGAUUCUCUUACAGGCUUCUGGGCAGAGAAAAGACAUUGAAAUGGGGAGGAAGAUUCACCGACUGGUUUCCGGAUCGACCCGGUUCGUGAACGACGAGGUUCUCAGCACCCGUGCAAUCACCAUGUACGCGAUGUGUGGCUCACCUGAUGAUUCUCGCUCUGUUUUCGAUGCAUUGCAGAGAAAGAAUCUCGUCCAGUGGAAUGCUAUCAUCAGUGCAUACUCAAGGAACGAGCUUUAUGAUGAGGUGUUGGAGAUGUUUAUCGAGAUGAUGUCAGAAACUGACCUUAAACCCGAUGCUUUCACUUUUCCUUGUGUGAUUAGGGCUUGUUCUGGGUUUUCUGACGUUGGGUUCGGACUUACUGUUCAUGGGUUGGUGGCGAAGAUCGGAUUGAUACAGGACGUUUUCGUGGCCAACGCAUUGGUUUCUUUCUACGGGAGCCGCGGUUUUAUUUCUGAUGCCAUGUCGCUGUUCGAUACAAUGCCUAAGAGAAACGUAGUUUCAUGGAAUUCUAUGAUCCGUGUCUUCUCUAACAGUGGUUGCUUGCAAGAAAGUUUCUUACUUGUCAGAGAAAUGCUCGAAGGUGAUGACGGGUUCAUUCUUGAUGUUGCCACGCUUGUUACGCUGUUGCCAGUUUGUGCAAGGAAUGGUGAGAUAGGACUAGGGAAGGCCAUACAUGGGUGGGCAGUGAAAUUGGCCAUGGACAAUGAACUCGUUGUUAGUAAUGUAUUGAUAGACAUGUACUCCAAAUGUGGUUGCAUAUACGAUGCAGAAAUCAUAUUUAAGUCGAACAAGAACAUGAGCGUAGUUUCUUGGAACACAAUGAUAGGUGGUUUAUCUACUGAAGGAGACAUGCAUCGGACUUUUGAUCUUUUGCGGGAAAUGCAGACUGGAAAUGAUGAAUUCCAAGCGAACGAGGUAACCAUUUUGAACGUACUGCCUGUCUGUUCCGAUGAAUCAGUCUUGUUGAGCUUGAAGGAACUACACUGUUACUCGAUUAAACAGAGUUUAGUACAUGAUGAAUUGGUAGCCAAUGGCCUUGUUGCUGCAUAUGCGAAAUGUGGCUCACCUAGUUAUGCCCGGCAUGUAUUUAGCCAUAUAAGGAAUAAGACAGUGAGCUCUUGGAAUGCGUUGAUCGGAGCCUAUGCUCAGAGCGAUGAUCCAUUGAUGGCCAUGGAUGCCCUCCAGCAGAUGAAGGAAUUCAGGAUAUCACCCGAUUCUUUUACUGUAUGUAGUAUUCUUUCAGCCUGUUCUCGACUAAAAUCCCUGCGUCCAGGCAAAGAAAUGCACAGCUUUAUAAUCCGAAACAGAUUAGAAAGAGAUUCAUUUGUCUGUAUAUCGCUACUUGCUCUUUACGUUCAAUGCGGGGAACAGUUUUCUGCAGAGGUAUUAUUUCAUCGGAUGGAUAAAAGUUUAGUAUCUUGGAACACUAUGAUAUCUGGUUACCAUCAAAAUGGAUUUCCUGAGAAAGCUCUACUUGUCUUUCGGCAAAUGAUUUUCAGUGGAAUCCGACCUUGUGAGAUUUCUAUGAUGAGUGUAUUUGGUGCAUGUUCACAGCUACCAUCUCUGCGGCUGGGGAAAGAAGCGCAUGCUUACGCUUUGAGGCACGUCCUGGCAGAAGAUGCUUUUAUUGGCUGUUCGAUAAUAGAUAUGUAUGCCAAGAAUGGUUCUAUAGAGAGAUCACUCAAGUUUUUUAAUGGUUUCAAGAAGAAAAAUGCAGCAUCAUGGAAUGCCAUGAUUGUGGGAUACGGACUACAUGGGCAAGCAAAUGAUGCUAUCAAACUCUUUGAAGAGAUGCAAGAAGCUGGUCAUGAUCCUGAUGAGUUCACCUUCUUAGGCGUUCUUAUGGCUUGCAACCACUGCGGGCAGGUUCAGGAAGGGCUGAAAUAUCUUGAGCAGAUGAAGCAUGCCUUUGGGUUGAAGCCAAAGUUAAAGCAUUAUGCAUGCAUCAUCGAUAUGUUAGGCCGAGCAGGACAACUAGACAAGGCUCUAACGGUUGCUGUAGACGAGAUGUCCGAGAAACCUGACAUUGGAAUCUGGAGUUCAUUGCUCAGCUCGUGCAGAAUCCAUCAGAAUCUGGAAAUGGGGGAGAAAAUUGCAGCAAAGCUAUUAGAACUAGAACCCGAAAAACCCGAGAGUUAUGUUUUGGUUUCUAACUUGUAUGCUGGAUUAGGGAAAUGGGAUGAUGUGAGAAAGGUGCGGUGGAAAAUGAAGGAGAUGAGUCUGCAGAAAGAUGUUGGAUGCUCCUGGAUUGAAAUAGGAGGGAAGGUUUUUAGCUUUGUUGUUGGCAACAGUUUGCUAGACUAUUCGGCUGAAUCAAAAACUAUGUGGAGAAUACUGGAGAAAAGAAUAAGAAAGAUUGGAUACAAUCCCGACACAAGCUCGGUACUACAUGACCUAAGUGAAGUGGAGAAGAUUGAACAACUAAAGGCACACAGUGAGAAGCUUGCAAUAGCUUUUGGUCUGAUCAAGACAACCAAAGGAACAACUCUCCGUGUUUACAAGAACCUGAGAAUUUGUGUGGACUGUCACAAUGCAGCGAAGUUAAUCUCAAAGGUCACUGAGAGGGAAAUAGUUGUGAGGGACAACAAAAGAUUUCAUCUCUUCAAGAAUGGGUUUUGUUCUUGCGGUGACUAUUGGUAAGGACAAGGGA